ACCAACAACAUGUUACUAAUUCCUCUUCCUCCUCCUCUCUCUCUCUCUCAAAAGACUGCAACUUUCUUUUGUCCUGACAUACCCACUGGAAUAAAUAAUUGUGGGGUUCAACAACUCAAGCCAAAGCUUUCAAAUUUUUUCUUUAUUAACUCACUGCAAAAAGUUCCACUUCAAACCCAAACUGCUACCUCCAACGCAUACACAUACACACACACUUUCUCAUAAACAUAUAACAUAACAAACACCACAUUUAUUACAUCCAUAUCUAUAUCCAUAUAUAGAUAUAGAUACAUAUAUUUAUAUUUAUAUUUCUUAUAUAUUAUUAUUUAUUUAUAUAUUUGAAUAUAUGCUACCCGGCGAUGCCGACGCCGGUAAGUGCAGCGAGGCAAUGCCUGACGCAGGAAGCGGCGCGUGCAUUAGACGACGCAACAGCAGUGGCGCGACGGCGCAGCCACGCGCAAACAACGUCGCUCCACGCCGUCUCCGCCUUGCUAGCACUGCCAUCCGGCGCGCUACGCGACGCGUGCGCGCGUGCACGAAGCUGCUCAUACUCGCCGCGCCUCCAGUUCCGCGCCCUGGAGCUCUCCGUCGGCGUCUCCCUGGACCGGCUGCCGACGUCAAGAACCUCCGCCGUAUCCGCCGCCGCGGACGGCGGCGAUGACGACGGUCCUCCGGUGUCAAACUCCCUCAUGGCCGCCAUAAAGCGCUCCCAAGCGAACCAGCGUCGCCACCCUGAAAGCUUCCACUUGGUUCAGAUGAUGCAACAGCAGCAACAAACGACGUCGUUGAUGAAGGUGGAGCUGAAGCACUUCAUGCUUUCGAUUCUCGAUGACCCUAUAGUGAGUAAGGUCUUCGGGGAAGCCGGUUUUCGAAGCUAUGAUAUUAAGCUCGCUUUGCUUCAACCGCCGCCACCGGUUCAUGCUUCUUCUAGAAUGUUCUCUCGGCCUAACCGCUCCCCUCCGGUUUUUUUAUGCAACCUCGAACCGGCCCGGUCCGGUUUGACCUUCCCCUUCACCGGGUUCGACGAGAAUUGCAGAAGGAUUGCGGAGGUUCUUUGUAGGAAGAACAAUCGGAACCCGCUUCUGGUUGGUGUUUAUGCUAAAACCGCUCUUCGUAGCUUCACUGAGUGCGUGAAAAUGGGUGGAGGGGGAAGUCUGUUGAAUCGUGAACUCGCUGGGUUGAAUGUGGUUUCUAUUGAGAAUGAGAUUUCUGGGUUUGUUAAUGAAGGUGGUGAGAGCAACGAGGAGAAGAUGGGGUUGAGGUUUAAGGAGGUGAGUCGUUUGGUGGAGCAAUGUUCGGGUGCUGGUGUUGUUGUGAGCUUCGGGGAGAUUGAGGUUCUUGUUGGGGGGAAUAAUAAUGAUGAUGCUGCUGAUGCUGUUGGAUUGGUUGUUUCGGAGUUGACGAGGUUGUUGGGGGUUCAUGGUGGUAAGGUUUGGUUGGUGGGAGUGGCUGGAACAUCUGAGGCGUAUUCAAAGUUCCUGGGUUUGUUUCCGAGUGUUGAUAAGGAUUGGGAUCUGCAUCUUCUGACCAUGACUUCUGCUACCCCUUCGAUGGAAGGACUCUACUCUAAAUCCAGCUUGAUGGGGUCCUUUGUUCCAUUUGGUGGGUUCUUUUCUACACCUUCUGAGUUGAAAAAUCCCGUAAGCUGUACUACAAAUGCAUCUUUAACUCGUUGUGACACAUGCAAUGAAAAGUAUGAACAAGAAGUUGCUGAUAUUCAGAAGGUAGGUCCUGCUACUUUGGCAUCUAGUUACUCAGCAAGCUUGCCUUGGUUACAAAAGGUUAAUGUGGACACAGAUAAAGGAUUGGAUGUGGCAAAGGCUAAUGAAGAAAACACAAGUUUAAAUGCUAAGAUCUUCGGAUUGCAAAGGAAAUGGAGUGAUAUUUGUCAACAAGUUCAUCAAAACCGAUCAUUAUCUGAAUUUGAUAUUUCCCAAACAAGGUUCCAAGCACCACCACUUGAGGGGUUUCGAUUUGGUUCAGGUGUUAAAGAAAGUUGCAGUAAAGGUCCAUCCCUUAAUGAAAUCCAAUAUUCUAAUCAAACUUCCUACAUGUCUAAAGAGUUACAAAGUGCAUGUUCAUCUAAACAGAUAUUACCAUUUUCAUUACCUUAUGAUACUGUUAGUACCAACCAUGAAGCUGAUCAUGUACAAAAAGUUUCAAGAACUCAGCAAAGUGACAUGCAGUGUUCUUGGGUUUCCCCUUCCCCUAAGACCAAUAUGAGCCUUGACCACGGAUUAUCUUCAUCCCUUAUUACUGUGACCACAGAUUUGGGAUUGGGAACUAUAUAUACUUCAGCUACUCAUGAGCCAGAUACCCCAAAACUGAGUGAUCAUAAGAAGCAUCUUCAGCACUUGUCAGAUUCCCUUUCAACUGAUUUUGAUGCUGUGAAUGAUAGUACUUCACACAAUAUUGCUAGAUCUUCUUCCUUCUCUGGUCCAAAUUUGGAAGGUAAAUUUGAAACGGCAGAUUUCAAGUCACUUUACCAUAUCCUCACUGAAAAAGUUGGGUGGCAAAAUGAGGCUAUAUAUGCUAUAACUAUGUCCCUUUGUAGAUCUGGUGCUGGAAGGCGCAAUGGCUCACAUGUUAGAGCAGAUAUAUGGCUUGCUUUUCUUGGACCAGAUAGACUUGGAAAGAGAAAAAUUGCUUCAGCACUUGCUGAGAUUUUGUUUGGAAACAAAGAAAGCCUAAUCAAUGUGGAUUUGAGCUCCCAGGACAGUUUUUACCAAUUAAACUCGAUUAUUGAAUUCCAAAAUUCUUAUUGUCAUGAUGUGCUUAGGAGGAAGACAGUUGUGGAUUAUAUAGCUGGGGAGUUGAGUAAAAAGCCACAUUCAGUUGUGUUUCUUGAAAAUGUUGACAAAGCUGAUUUUCUGGUGCAGAGUAGUUUGUUCCAAGCAAUAAGAACUGGUAAAUUUCCGUACUCACUUGGAAGAGAAAUCAGCAUCAACAAUGCAAUCUUUAUUGUAGCCUCGACUGUGUUUAAAGGUGAUGGCUCUUUUGUUUCUGAGAAGGAGCCUGAAAUGUUUCCUGAGGAAAGAAUCCUUGAAGCUAAAAGAUGUCAAAUGCAAUUAUCACUAGGACAUGCUUCUGAGGGUGCCAAAAGAAGCAGCAGCACAAAUGUGAAGGUUGUUCGGAGAAAAGGGACCUCAAAACCAACAUUUCUGAAUAAAAGAAAGCUAGUUGAAAGCAGUGAUUCCAAAGAGAAAGCAACAUGCAAGACAAUGAAACAGAUUGGGGAGGCAACAAGGUCCUAUCUGGAUCUGAAUAUGCCUCUAGAGGAGGUUGAAGAGGGCAACAAUUUCAAUGAUCAUGGAAGUGAAUCCGCAGUUGAAAAUUCUGAAACCUGGUUAAGUGAUUUCUGUGAUCGAAUAGAUGAAAAGGUGGUUUUUAAGCCAUUCAAUUUUGAUUAUCUUGCUGAGCAAGUAAUAAAAAGCAUUGACAUGCAAUUUCAAAGGACAUUUGGAUCAGAGUUUCUGCUGGAAAUUGAUUAUGAGGUCAUGGCACAGGUACUUGCAGCUGCUUGGUUAUCAAACGAGAAAAAAACAGUGCAAGAUUGGGUUGAAUGUGUUCUUGGCAGAAGCUUCACUGAGGCCAGACAGAAGUACCACCCUUCAGCUGAGAUCGAAAUUCGGGGAGGACAAUUGGCGGCGGAUUUUAGUCCAAUGGCCUUUACUUGCUCUCCAGCUCCUCUCAUGCUCAUUCUGUAUUAGAUUCUCCACUCACUAUUCACGCUCAGUUGGGUCAUCAUAGUCUUACAAAGCUCCAGAAGAUGGUGCCACGUUUGUCCAAGUUGUCCACUUUGCAAUGUGAAUCAUGUCAAUUCGGAAAACAUACUCGCAGUUCUUUUCCUGGUAGAGUCAAUCGUCGUGCCUCCUCUCCUUUUAGUUUGGUUCACUCUGAUAUUUGGAGACCCAGUCGUACCGAAUCAACUCAAGUGAUAAUGCUCGUGAGUAUCUGA